GAGAGCAGCCUCUCCCGCGGCUCCCCCGCCCACCCGCGUCGGGCUGGAGACGGAGGGAAACACUCUGUCCUCGGCGCUGACACUCGGGGCGUGGAGCUAGCAGACGCAUUGCACUUAGCGAGGCGGCGGCCCAGGCUGAUAAGUCGUUUUCUCCGACAUUUGGCUCGCUAACUAGUUUAGCUAGCUGAUGUUCAACCGGCAGCAUGGAUUUCGACGCGUUAUUUAACGAGCGGACAUUUCAGCUGUCGGACUUCCAGGAAUUUACGUUUCUUCCUGGACACCAGAAGUUGUCUGAAAGAGUGAGAAAGCGACUGUAUUACGGCCUGGACCAAGACGUCUCUCUGGAUGCCCUGUCUUGUCCUGUUACAGAUAUUGCCGUAGAGAUCCUCCAGAAAUCUGCUCCUAGCCCGAUCCGGAAGCUCCAGAAGAAGUAUGCUGCUCAUGUUGCCAGGGAGGCAUGCAUUUCUCCGUGUGCCAUGAUGCUGGCUCUAGUUUACAUAGAAAGGCUCCGACACAGAAACCCUGAAUACCUGCAAAAGAUUUCUUCCUCUGACCUGUUCCUGAUCUCCAUGAUGGUUGCCAGCAAGUACCUAUAUGAUGAAGGAGAGGACGAGGAGGUUUUCAACGAUGAAUGGGGGGCAGCUGGGAAGCUGGAUGUGCAAACUGUGAAUACCCUGGAGAUGAAUUUCUUGAAUGCCAUUGAGUGGAGCCUCUUCACUGAGCCUAGUGACUUCUUUGACAUAUUAAGUCAACUGGAAACCAGCAUAGCGGAGCGGCAGGGGAUGAAACGUGGCUGGUUCACUUACACUGACCUCUGUGUGCUGCUGGAGCAGUCAGCAUGGAGACAAGCCCUCACAGCCAUCUACCAGCACUUCACCAAGGUGUCCUGUAUGCUUGGCCUGGUCUAUCUGACCAGUGUGGCCGGCCUUAUUGCCACCAGCGCCGUGCUGCACCAGCUCAGUCUUCCCAGGAGCAGCCAGCUCCUGGUUCCUCCUCCAGCUGAAGUCAGCCAGGUCCCUGUCCAGACCCCCAGCCUACAACCUGACACCCCUGAUUCUGCCUACCGCCUCCCCUGCUGCGUCCAGGGCAACAAGAGUCUAAAUCGCCAGACCAGUGCACUUGUAAACAACCAACACCACCAGCCCAGCCCCCCAUCAGCGUCCUCCCAGACAUCCAUUCUAUGUCUCUGGGGCUCCCUCCUCGCCUCACUAGGUCACAUACACCCCGAACUGAAAUCUGAGCUGGAAUCUCCCCAGACAUGGUCUGCUGCCUCGCUCUUCUGCCCUGGUUGUCUUGCUUCUCUCCCCCCACUUCAGUGUGGGCCCAGGAACACCUCCUCAACGCUGUUUGCUCACGGACCCAUCGGUAACCAUCAGCUGCAUGCACCAUGGCUGACUUCCAGCCUCCUUGGGGGUGCAGCGCCAAAUCUGGACUCCCGCCUGGGGGUAUUGCCCGCUCUCCGGCCGGGACCCUGCCAUCCAGAAUCCAUGUUGCCCCUAGACAAAGCCGAGGCUCUGCUUAUACCUGGCUAAAGACCAACAAACUCCACUGCUGUCGACCUGCGGUGAUGGAUUCUGGAAAUGAAACCAGCAUUCUUUUCAUAACUCAUCAACCGCUCACAGUGAUGUUUUUCUAUACUUUUCCAAAUUUAGUAUACAUGCAAAACAACAAGAAUUGCCUUGGGUUACAGCACAGUUUAGUAAUCGCUCAAACACUGCAAAUGCAAGUGUGGAAAUUCACCUAAUACCCAAACCUAUAGAAUGGCAACAGAUGAAGUUUUCACACAUUUCAUGAAUAUUUGCCAUAAGUGAGAUGCCAUAUAGUUCUUUUAAUUCUCUGUGUUAUAUCUGGUUUCACAUUUAACCUCAUAGCUGAUCACAAGGAACUUUAAGAGGAUUGGAGAAAAUGGAAAUCAAUAUUUCUAGUUUGAAAUGUUUUGCUUGCCUGCACUUUGGUUUUGCAAGUUUGUUUGCUACCCACAUCUACCUUUGUUGGAAAGUUAAAGCGCGAGAGGCUGAUGCAGAGCGAUUGUUGUAUUUUGAAGUGAGUUUUCAUCUAAUGUUUCAGCUAUGACGCUAUAGCUGCAUGCUACUUGACAGGUUGGAGAAUGUGUUAGGAGGUUCAGCAGCAUAUUUUGAAGUUGAUAAGUUUCAUAGUAUGUUUAUCUUAAAGAUAGGGCUUGAGAUUGAGAAGAAAGGAGUAGGAGGUUGGUUUUUAACAUUCUCAUUUUUUGCAUCUGUAGGUUUACUGUUUGAAAAUGGUCACACCGAUACUUCCGGCACUGAUUUAGCACAACUGAUACUUUUUGUUAACAUUGGAGAAAUAGUUUUCAAAUUGUCUGAAGCCCUCCUUUUUCUUGUAAGUAUUCCUUGAACUUGAGAGAAAAAAAAAAAGCUUUGGUCAGGAGAAAGCAGCAAGAAAGGGAAUCUUCAGUUGACAAUCUGAAUGCACAUUCUUAGUUUGUAUACCUCAGUGUAACUGUCAUUAACCACAGACAGCACAGGCAGAAACACCACAUUCUGAUAUUUAAAAGCUAGCCUUUCCUCUCAUUUGUUCUCUAUUUAUUGUGUAAUAGGAUGCUGCGGAUAUCAUAUUUUAAUCUUUAUUAUGUGUGGGGGAAUUCAUAUUUCUGCAACAGGAAGCCACAUAACUUUACAACCACUCCUGGGACAGGUCAGACUUUACCACAGUGAAGACAUUUUACAAGCCAAUAUUUUUUACUUUUUUCCUUCCCUUUAGGUAAACCUGUCAGUCAGGGAGGUGGGCUCCUAGAGUUUUAGAUGAUAUCUAGUUAUUCUGCUUGGCUUUUUUGAAGUGGAAAUGUUGGACAUAAUGGCAUUCACUUGUGAACUUGGAUCUGUUUGAAGGCUAUUAACCUCUAACCUUUUGAUAACAUUUCUCUAUUGACAUGGAUGAGACAUGAUACCACCGUAGACAUUGAAACCAAAAUAUAGCAUCUGGAAUUUGCACAACUUUAUCCAUUUCCAUUGCAACAUAUGUCACUCCAUGAUCAUUGCAUCCUCAGAUUCAUCCUGUGAAUGCCAGUUUUUUGUGGAAAAGGAAACAUGCUAGGGAUGGUAAUAUUUUGACAUUAUUUACUUGGCUUUACAUGGAUUUGUUUCCUAGAAAGGCAAUGUGGUCCCAGGGACAUUUUUUAGAUUGAGCCUUUAUCACAUUGCUCAGAGCAUCUGAAUUUGAGACAUUUGGAAGCACGAUGUCCUUUAAUUUUGUAAACAAUGUAAAAUACAAAUGAUGUAAAAAUAUGUAGAGAAGCCCAGUCUUAAUAAAAAAUUGAAAUUUCUGCUUAA